AUGAAUUUAAUGUGUGCCAUAAAUGUCAUCAACAAUCGUUUUCUAGUCAGUUCUUUUUCUUGAAAUUCCAUCUACUUCAAUUUUUCGUUUAUAUUUGUUUUGUGAUAAAGAGAAUAGUCAAAACGAACACCAUUGCUUGUUAAAUCGAAUCGUAAAAUAUAAACAAUAAAAUCAGCCACAAUGAAUUGGUAUGCGGGCAAUAUUGCAGAGGCUGUUACACUUGCGAAAACAAGAGGUGCAAUAUUUGUUGUUUACGUAGAAGGCACUGAUGAGCUGUCCCAAAAACUUACAUCAAUAAUCAACGAAAGUGCCAUUCGUACAACACUAGAGUCGACAUCCUUUGUUGCAAUCAAAAUACAGAGCGAUAGUGAGGCCUACGUGCAAUUUGCACAGAUUUACAAACUUGUACCGUUGCCGUCGCUAUUUUUCAUUGGUUCGAACGGACAGCCCAUAGAUAUUGUGACUGGUGCUAUUGCGUCUAGCCAGGAACUUUCUGACCGAAUAAAAAGCGUCGCUAGCCGAGCUCAGAUUAACCUACCUAGUGCAAGUACCACUAAUGUCGAGCCGAAUGUGCCGGGACCUUCAACGACAUCAACCGCACAAAGCUCCAGCCCAACUGCGGAAGUGGUAUGCGAGGGUGAUGUUUGUCGAAAGGUCACUAAACCGUCUGAGACGCUAGCGUCAUCAGAAGCAGCAGCAGAAGCAGAAGCAGCAGCAGCAGCCAACACCAAAUCAUUAGAAGAUAAAAUGAAAUUAGCAAAGGAAUUGUUGGAGAAGAAGAAACAGGACAAGGAAAAGGAGGAAGCAAAGCGUUUAAAGGAUUUGGAAACUCAACGGCGACAAACUGGACGAGAUCUACAGUCCUUUAAGGAACGACAACACGAAUUAGACCUUUUACAAAUGAAAGAGGAGCGCCAGAAAGACAAACUUGCCGAUCAAGCUGCUCGUAAACGUAUUCUAGAUCAAAUUGCUCAGGAUCGAGCCGAACGUGCCCAAAGGUUAAAUUUAGUGUCAACACCAGCUGCCGCUGAAGUGGACACUUCAAAGAAAUCCGUUCCGCCCAAAUUGAAUGCUGAUUUUACGCGUAUCCAGUUCAAAAAGCCAGAUGGUGAAUCGGAAAUGCACACAUUCAACUCCACGGACAAAUUCCAAAUACUUAGAACAUACGUGGCCGAGUCAGUUGUGGGUGGUUCGAUAAGGGAUUACACUUUGGCAUCAACGUUUCCAAGAAAGGAAUACACUGUUGAAGACGACAAUAAGUCAUUGAAUGAAUUGGACCUAGCGCCAUCGGCUGUCAUUCUUAUUUUACCUAGCGAUAAAUCACGUAAUCCUCUGCCAAUUGUUGCCAGCGGUUUGAAACCCUUAGGUAUGGUAAACGGGCUGUUUUGGGGUGCUUUCGGUCAGUUGUUGUCCAUUUUCAAUUAUUUGAAACGACUUAUAUGGCGACAAGGAAACGACAAUAGUGAAACUGGUGCACAGAAACGGGCCAGCGAGGAAACUAUUUCGGCAAAUGAUAUGGCUAAACGACGUAAUCUAAGAUAUCCGUUGGAGAAUCAGGCGCCAAGCACAUCACAGCAGAGUGCUUCGUCCGGUGGACCGUAUCGCCGACAUGAAGGUUCAAACAUUCAUCGUUUACAUGAUAACAAGGAGUCCGAUGAUGAGAAUAACACAUGGAAUGGAAAUUCAACACAACAGCAGUAAAGGCUCACCGCCAUAAUUUCCCCUUCUGACUUUUUGCACUGAUUUAACGUUUCGGUUAUCGUCUUGCAAUAAAUUUUUGAUAUGAAUGGGUUGCGACCAAAAGAAGCAAUGCUGGGUUUAACUAGAAUAAUUAGAGAUUGGUGUAAACGUGGGAGGAAAAAAAUGUUUUUUUGUUACCUUUAGGAAUUGCGUUCAACCAAAAUUUCAAAGCAAAAACUUUUUAUUUUUGAUGAUUAUUUACUGCAAUUUAAAUUGACUUUGCUAUUUCCUGUGAGUGAAGUCAUGUCCACUAUCAUAUUCAAUUAAAAUAUUUCACAA